AACAAGACGUCCGGAUCGCGGGGUUUGAACCGAGAUGGAUAGUGGGAGUCGGGCUGCGACGGUCGGGGAUGGUGCACCCAAUUUGACCGCAGCCCGCCUUUGGCUGGACCCGCCGAACGCGUCCAUCUCGCCGCCGACGUGGUGGGACAGCAGCCCGCCUCACGAGGGGACCGAGCUGGACGAGCAGCAGCGCCUCGUCCGGGAGCAAGCCUACCGGGACUUCACCACCACCAUCCAGGUUUUCAUCCUCAUAGGUUCGCUGAUCGGUAAGUCGAACCCAGCCCUUUUAUCUGUUACCCGGCAUCAGUCUGUUUUUUGUGUCUCUAGAUACUUCUCUGUGCUGUACCCGUUGGAGAGGAAGAUCUCAGAUGCAAGAUCCCGAGACCUGGUCAUCUACAUCUGGAUCCACGCGACGGUGGCCAGCCUCCCGGUGUUCGCUGUGACCAACGUGACGGACUUGUACGUCACCUCGUCCUGCUCCGAUGACCACGCCCGCUCGCUGGGCCACGUGGUGUACGUGUUGACCUACAAUGUCACCACGGUGGUCCUCCCCCUCGCUCUGGUCUUCCUCUUGAUGCUGCUGAUCCGCCGAGCGCUCAGUGCCAGCCAGAAGAAGAAGGUGAUCAUCGCGGCGCUGCGGACUCCCCAGACCAGCAUCUCCAUCCCGUAUGUGUCCCAAAGGGAAGCUGAGCUCCACGCCACCCUUCUGGCCGUGGUGCUGGCCUUCUCGGCCUGCAGCGCCCCCUACGGGGCCCUGGUGGUCUAUCGCACCAUUUUGGCGGACUCCACGGAACUACCCAAUUCGCUGUACCUGACGGCGCUCUGGCUACCCAAAGUCUCGCUGCUCACCAACCCCCUUCUGUUUCUGACCGUUAACCGCUCGGCGCGCCACAGCUGGCUGGACCUGCUGGCCAGGACCCACAGGCGCUACAGCCGCCGAAACGUGGUCAGCAGCGGCGGCCUGGCCUCCCUGGGGGCGGAGGGUGCGAUCGGGGAGCCGGUGGGACUGGAGACGGCCGUCCGUUCGGGGAGCCAGCUUCUGGAGAUGUUUAACAUCGGCCAGCAGCAGAUCUACAGGCCCGAGGAGGAGGAGGCGGAGGAAGAGGACGCGGAGAAAGAGAUCCCUCCCUCUCAAGGGUCAGCGAGCGGCUCGGGGCCUAAAGAGGACCUAAAGCGCGGGUCGAGACCAGGGAGCUUCGGAGGGGAGUCCAUCACCAAGGAUCCCCCGCAGGGGUCAGGGGGAGGGCUGGUCGUCACCAAGGACGGCCCUCCUUCUACCACGGCACCCCGGGCCUCUCCGGUCCACGCGUGCGCUUACGCCUCUUCGUCGCAGGUAGCGCCAGCGACGCCCACAGACGCCGAGGACUCCACGCAGUUUGGUUUCGGGCCCUUCGAGCUGCCGCCUCAGUGGUUACCGGAGACCAGGAACAGCAAGAAGAGACUGCUGCCCCCUCUGGGCAACACCCCCGAGGAGCUGAUCCAGACCAAACUGCCCAGGCCUCGGCCUGAACGCAGAAUCAGCAGAAACAACAAGGUCAGCACCAUCCCUACCGGGACCCCGUGAACUAUCCCGGCCUCUGACCUUCAGCGCCGUACACGGCCCGUCACAGGUGAGGCCUCUUGGGUUGACCAGACAUCUACAGGAGAUCGAUGCUGCUUAGUCAGAUACUUGGUUUCUUUUUAGGCGAUUUAACGCAUCGAAGAGGUCUAGGUUUUUCCCACUUUCCUGCACAGAAGCUACGGACACCCGAGGCAGUGCAGUUUUCUUAUUGGACGAGAAUGAAUUUCAUACGAGACGUUUGCAAUGCUGUGAGAAAUGUGUCUGCUCGGUCCAACUACAACUUGAUGCAGGCCCAAAACCACGAUCGAGGACUUCUAACACACCCGCAUGAUUAUCGAAUGCAAACAUCUUUUUGAAUCCUUCUGUUUUGAUUCGUGCUGGUUUGAUGUACACUGUACAAAUUCUAUUAUCCUGAGAGAUGCACUGAUAGAGAAUAACAUAUAUACCUAGCAAAAAUCAAGGGAGGAUAUUGAAUCUACAAAACAAAAAACGUUCUGUGUGGCUUUCGGUAAAAGAACAUGACUUCAUGUCAGCCCUUUCACUUAAACCUUUGUGGUACUGUUAUUUUUUGUAACACGGAUUUACAUUUUUGAUUAACUUUUUCUCAAGUCUCACUUUUGGAUAAUAUUGAGAUUUCUUUCUCUAAUGUGGUAGGUAGAUGUUGUCAUUUGUACUUUAAAUGUAUGUGGAUUUGGUGAAAAUGAGUAAUGCAAAUGAUUGCAAAUACAUGUUGAAAGAAUGUGAGUUUAGUAGGUGUUUAGACGCACACAACGUGCAUCCAAUUGACAGGAAACGGGAAGAAUAUUACAAAUGUGUUUCGAUAUAGGAAGAAGAAAAGAAAUUCCAGGUCUUUUAGUCCCCUUCAAUCAAUAUUAUUGAUUUCUCCCAGGUUUCCUGAAAAUCAAUUGCUUAAUCAAAUGACUGUAAAAUAAAGCAAAUAAGAGGUAA